CAAAAACUGUCAGAGUUCUUUCCCAAAUUAAAAGAGGCUGGAGGAUUUCAACUGCUAAGAUCUGCAGUUGGGUCCAGAAAUUUGCUAGAAGUGAUCCGUUUGCCACCAGAAGGCUACACAACACAGUAUUUAGCUGACAGAUGUGGCCUUGGACAGGCCAUUAUAUAUGUCCGACCAUUACAGACAUGUCUGUCUGUAAGUCCUGUGAAAAGUCAGAGUGGAACGGAAGUUUUUCAUGAGAAGUGCCUGAAGUGUGGAAAUGAAGCAUAUAGAAGUCUGCGGAAAUUCUGAUUUGAAGAGAUGUUUGUUCCUGUCCAGUUUGUGGAAUGUCUGUUCCAGCAGUUGAUAUUGAGCUCCAUGCAGAUCAGUGUUGUGAAAAUGAUCAACUCGAAGGCUUUAAGACAGGGCCCGUAAAACACAAGUCUCUAGAGGAGACGGUUACAGAGAUUCGGGGUAAGCUGAAAAAUAAAAAAUGGACACUGUCUAUAAGGCGCACCAAAAUCAUAGAAACAACAAUGGAAAUGAUGGCAGAUGCAGAUGAACAGGAUUUGGCGUCAGAGCUUAUGGUCAAGUUCAUAGGGGAAGAAGGGGUGGAUGCUGGUGGUCUUCGAAGAGAGCUCUUUAGUCUUGUGUUUGAAAAAACUCCUCUCUUAGACAGAAAUACAUUUUCCAAUGAAGCAUGUUCACUUCAACAUGGAGAAUAUAUUAUUCUUGGAAAGCUUGUGUCUUUAACAUUUAUCUAUGGGCACCCUGGAUUAAAGACAUUGCAUCAAACUAUCAUAAAAUACAUAUUGAAUGAAAAAACGCCAACUACAGAAAUCCCUUUAGCAGAUGUUCAGAAUGCCACUGUACUGAGGGCUAUAGAUACAAUCCAGAAAGCAUCAUCUAAGGAGGAGUAUAUGGAGGCAGCCAUAGAAACAAGUGAUUUGUUAGAAAGAUCAGGCUUCAACAAACCUCAUACACAAGAUUCCUCUCAAUCAGCAGUCUACACAGUUAAAGAGUACCACAUUUUCUACAGGUGCUUUGGCCAUAUCAGACAGUUCAUGGAUGGUGAGUGA